AACGUAAUAUCCAUAUCCAUGUAUUUUCCAUUAACGAAUCUCCACCUCAAAUAUUCUGCAUGGGAAUGAAGGGCAGGGUUGUCAUUUUUUCAAAAUCCCCAAUUACCAACCUCAAAUUAUUCUCCUACAUAUAGUGAGUGGACAUCACAUUAUAUUCCAAACCAACAUCAUUUGCCUUCACUCUUAAUUACUUCAUCCCAAAACCACGCCACCCACUAAACCUCCCAAACUUUCCCCAUACAUACAAAAAAAAAACUAUUAUUAUACUAUGGAUGGCUAUCAUAAUCACCCCCACGAGUCCCUCCAAACAUUCGAGAGCGAGAUCAUGUCGACGACGACGAUGGGAUCGAUAUCCAUCGUCACGAAAUCACACGACGAUGAUGGUCGUCGUCGUCGUCAGUUUUUUAAGAAGGCGGUCACCCAGUUCGCGAUUUCGGUUUCGAUUUUCUUCUUCUCCGUCGUCGUCGUCGUCUUGUUGGUAUAUUCCAGAAAUAUGUACUCUUGUUCGUUCGAUGUGAUUUCCCGCCGUCGUCUCUCCUUUCUCCACGCCGUGUUCAGCCAUACAAUAGACAAGAAGUGCGUCUUCCUUCUCUGCAAUGGCCUCCUCGUCUUCGUCGCCAAAUCCUCCAUCAACACUACUUCUUCUUCUUCUUCUUCUUCUUCUUCUUCUUCUCAUCAACACUGUUAUGACAAUACCGUUGAAUCGCGGUCGCCACCACCUUCAUUAUUAGGAUAUGAAAGCAAUGAUCAAGUGGUGGAAGAGAUCAAGGAAGUUGUGGUGGUGGAGGAUCAUAGCGUUGUUGUUGGUCAUGAUCAUCAAGAACAAGUAGAAGCUCGUGGCGAUGAAGGAGAAGAUCAAGGAAAGAUUGUUAGCAAGGAGAAAAUUCAAGAGAGUGAUCGGGAUGAUGUUCAUGAUGAAGAGGAAGAAGAAGAAGACGACGAAGAAGAAGGAUUGGAAGAGGAAGAGGAGGAAGGAAUUGAUGCAGUGCUGAGCACAGAGGAGCUGAACAGGAAGUUCGACGAGUUCAUCAGGAGGAUGAAGGAAGAGAUCAGGGUCGAAGCUCAACGACACUGCCAGCUGGUCUUGGUCAAAUAAUCACAAACAUAAAAUUAUAUAUAGAUCGAGAAACACAAGCAUUCUUGGUUCUCUCUCUCUAUAUAUAUAUCGAAUUAUCUUGGUUUUGGUAGUAUACGUUGGUUGAUGUAAUAAGUUAAUUUGCAGCCGUGCUUGCAUGGGAGACAGUUUAGACGUGUGAUGCAAUUGUGGUUUCGGAUAUUGUGAAUGGCCGGUUUUGGAUAUGAUGAUAUAAUAUAAAAUCACAACUAAUCAACGUAUUAUCCUAAGCUCUAAAUCCUUCAAUUUUGAACCCUAACACUAAAUCCCAAAUUGUAAAUCCUAACCCCAAAUUAAUGUCUUUUUAUGCAAAUUCAUGUGUUUUCUUGUCCAUCAUAUCACAAGUGACAACCGGCAUAAUUUUCACAUGGAUUGUCUCCUCAGAAUAACGAUGAUGAGGUGAGUGCGUUAAACGCACUCAUAAAUGUGAUCAAUGCAC